GCCUGCCAACCGAGAUUCGGUGCUGAAGUGUCGUUUAGGUUCCCAGCUAUGUCAGGACGGGACUCAAUGCGUUCCCUACAGCCAUGUGUGUGAUGGAGAAAAAGACUGUCACGAUGGCUCAGAUGAAGCAGAAUGUGACCCAUGGAUGACAACGACGCCUCCCGAAAAUGGCCGCCAAAAUCGACCUCCAUUACCUGCCAGGACUCAACCUCCCAGCAAGCAGUCUUGCACCAGUCCUUCGUUUCUGUGUUCAGAUUCAACUUGCAUCCCCCCAUCGCAGAUAUGUGACGGCGUUAAAGAUUGUCCUGACGGCUCUGAUGAGAAAACAUGCCUGAAACGAUGCAAAAAUAAAUCGGACUUCCUCUGCAAAGACAGGCGGAGCUGUGUUCUCAAGAAGCUGGUUUGCGAUGGCAGAGCUCAUUGUCACGACAGCUCCGAUGAGGUUGAUUGUUUGCCUGUAGCUCCGCCUCCUCCCCCUGCCAACCAGGAUUUGGUGCUGAAGUGUCGUUUAGGUUCCCGGCCAUGUCAGGAUAAGACUCAAUGCGUUCCAUACAGCCAUGUGUGUGAUGGAGAAAAAGACUGUCAGGAUGGCUCAGAUGAAGAAGAAUGUGACACACGGAUGACAACGCCUCCAGGAAAUGGCUGGCGAAAUCGACCUCCAUUACCUGCCAGGACUCAACCCCCCAUCAAGCCGUCUUGCACCAGUCCUUCGUUUCUGUGUCCAGAUUCAACAUGCAUUCCCCCAACGCAGAUAUGUGACGGCGUUAAAGAUUGUCCUGACGGCUCUGAUGAGAAAACGUGCCUAAAACGAUGCAAAAAUAAAUCUGACUUCCUCUGCAAAGACAGGCGGAGCUGUGUUCUCAAGAAGUUGGUUUGCGAUGGCAGAGCUCAUUGUCACGACAGCUCGGAUGAGGUUGACUGUUCGCCUGUAGCUCCGCCUCCUCCCCCUGCCAACCGGAAUUCGGUGCUGAAGUGUCGUUUAGGUUCCCAGCUAUGUCAGGACGGGACUCAAUGCGUUCCUUACAGCCAUGUGUGUGAUGGAGAAAAAGACUGUCAGGAUGGCUCAGAUGAAGCAGAAUGUGACACACGGAUGACAACGACGUCUCCCGAAAAUGGCCGCCAAAAUCGACCUCCAUUACCUGCCAGGACUCAACCUCCCAUCAAGCCGUCUUGCACCAGUCCUUCAUUCCUGUGUCCAGAUUCAACGUGCAUCCCCCCAACGCACAUAUGUGACGGCGUUAAAGAUUGUUCUGACGGCUCUGAUGAGAAAACAUGCCUGAAACGAUGCAAAAAUAAAUCGGACUUCCUCUGCAAAGACAGGCGGAGCUGCGUUCUCAAGAAGCUGGUUUGCGAUGGCCGAGCUCAUUGUCACGACAGCUCCGAUGAGGUUGACUGUUCGCCUGUAGCUCCGCCUCCUCCGCCUGCCAACCGGAAUUCGGUGCUGAAGUGUCGCUUAGGUUCCCAGCUAUGUCAGGACGGGACUCAAUGCGUUCCCUACAGCCAUGUGUGUGAUGGAGAAAAAGACUGUCACGAUGGCUCAGAUGAAGAAGAAUGUGACACACGGAUGACGACGACUCUUCCAGAAAAUGGCCGCCAAAAUCGACCUCCAUUACCUGCCAGCACUCAACCUCCCAGCAAGCCGUUUUGCACCAGUCCUUCGUUCCUGUGUCCAGAUUCAACGUGCAUCCCCCCAACGCACAUAUGUGACGGCGUUAAAGAUUGUUCUGACGGCUCUGAUGAGAAAACAUGCCUGAAACGAUGCAAAAACAAAUCGGACUUCCUCUGCAAAGACCGGCGGAGCUGUGUUCUCAAGAAGCUGGUUUGCGAUGGCAGAGCUCAUUGUCACGACAGCUCGGAUGAGGUUGACUGUUCGCCUGUAGCUCCGCCUCCUCCCCCUGCCAACCGAGAUCCGGUGCUGAAGUGUCGUUUAGGUUCCCAGCUAUGUCAGGACGGGACUCAAUGCGUUCCUUACAGCCAUGUGUGUGAUGGAGAAAAAGACUGUCAGGAUGGCUCAGAUGAAGAAGAAUGUGACACACAGAUGAUGACGACUCCUCCAGAAAAUGGCCGCCGAAAUCAACCUCCAUUACCUGCCAGGACUCAACCUCCCAGCAAGCCGUCUUGCACCAGUCCUUCGUUCCUGUGUCCAGAUUCAACGUGCAUCCCCCCAACGCAGAUAUGUGACGGCGUCAAAGAUUGUCUUGAUGGCUCUGAUGAGAAAACGUGCCUGAAACGAUGCAAAAAUAAAUCGGACUUCCUCUGCAAAGACAGGCGGAGCUGUGUUCUCAAGAAGCUGGUUUGCGAUGGCCGAGCUCAUUGUCACGACAGCUCAGAUGAGGUUGACUGUCGGCCUGUAGCUCCGCCUUCUCCGCCUGCCAACCGAGAUUCGGUGCUGAAGUGUCGUUUAGGUUCCCAGCUAUGUCAGGACGGGACUCAAUGCGUUCCCUACAGCCAUGUGUGUGAUGGAGAAAAAGACUGUCAGGAUGGCUCAGAUGAAGAAGAAUGUGACACACAGAUGACAACUCCUCCAGAAAAUGGCCGCGGAAAUCGACCUCCAUUACCUGCCAGGACUCAACCUCCCGUCAAGCCGUCUUGUACCAGUCCUUCGUUACUGUGUCCAGAUUCAACGUGCAUCCCCCCAACGCAGAUAUGUGACGGCGUUAGAGAUUGUCCUGACGGCUCUGAUGAGAAAACAUGCCUGAAACGAUGCAAAAACAAAUCGGACUUCCUCUGCAAAGACAGGCGGAGCUGUGUUCUCAAGAAGCAGGUUUGCGAUGGCCGAGCUCAUUGUCACGACAGCUCAGAUGAGGUUGACUGUUCGCCUGUAGCUCCGCCUCCUCCCCCUGCCAACCGGAAUUCGGUGCUGAGGUGUCGUUUAGGUUCCCAGCUAUGUCUGGAUCAGACUCAAUGCGUUCCCUACAGCCAUGUGUGUGAUGGAGAAGAAGACUGUGCUGAUGGCUCGGAUGAAGCGGAAUGUGAAAGUCCAACUUCCUCCAAUCCGGGCUUAAAUGAAUCCCCUGCAACAGCCAAGCCCUUUUACAAUCCGUCUUGUCGUAGUCCAACAGUGUUGUGUCCAAAUUCUUUUCUCUGCAUCGCCCCGACACAAAUGUGUGAUGGAAGAAAAGACUGUCCUGAUGGAUCAGAUGAAGACUGUGUGGAAAAAUGCCCUUCGAAGACCGACUUUCUUUGCAAGGAUGGUAGGAGCUGCGUGUCCAGCGCUCUGGUGUGCGACGGCCGAGCUCAUUGCCACGACGGUUCCGAUGAGGUGGAUUGUCGGAGGCUAGUUCCUCGCUUAACGACGCCUCAGGUGCUGAAAUGCCGGAAGGGCACCAGGCCGUGUCAGGAUGGCAAGGGAUGUGUGCUCAACAGCCACGUUUGCGAUGGAGAAAAAGAUUGUCUGGAUGGAUCGGAUGAAGAAGGAUGCCAGGAUACGUGUGCAAAAGGAGAGUUCCAGUGUGCUCACGGAGUGAUGUGCAUCCCCGAGGCUCAAGUCUGUGACGGGCGGGCUCAGUGUAGCGACCGUUCGGAUGAGCUGGACUGCUGGGAAAAAACCAAAAGCUGCGAGUUUCGCUGCGCCGACGGCCAUCGCUGCAUCCCAAAGAAAUUCCUGUGCGACGGAGAGCCCGACUGCGUUGACGGCACCGACGAGCUCGGCUGUGAUGCACCAACCACGCCAACAAUUACGUCCAUGUUUCCGAGUACCGCUCCGGUUUGCAUCACCCCUUCAGUUCGAUGCCCGACUUCAUCGUUGUGCGUCGCUCCAAAACAGCUUUGCGACGGGAAACCGGACUGUCCAGAUUCUUUUGAUGAGAGCGACUGCGUUUUCAAGUGCAAAAGCCGAAGUAAGUCAACCGAAGCGGCAAAUGGAUUAUCAAAACAAUGUGGAUUAACUCCCCUGCCCCUCCCUUCAGGGGAAUUCUUGUGCAACGAUCGGCGAAAGUGCAUCCCCAGGAUGUACGUGUGCGACGGUCGUGCCCACUGUGCCGACGGCUCCGACGAAAAGAAGUGCAAGUCCCCAGAUGGCGGUUCCCCGUCCUCCAGGGACAAGGCGGGUCCCCUCAAAUGCCGAAACGGGUUCCAGGCGUGUAGAGACGGUCUGGGUUGCGUCAUGUACGACCACGUGUGCGACGGAGAGAAGGAUUGUUGGGAUGGAUCGGACGAAGAGGGUUGCGCUGCUGAAUGCAAAGCGGAUGAGUUUCGGUGCCAUCACGGUCACCGAUGCGUCCGAACCGAUCAGGUGUGCGACGGGCAGUACGACUGUCAAGACCGCUCCGAUGAAAUCAGCUGCGAAAGUCAACUGUCGGGCUGCCAUCACCGUUGCGAUAACGCAACGCGAUGCAUACCGGCGAGCUUCUUGUGUGACGGCGAACGGGACUGCGCUGAUGGUUCGGAUGAAGACAAGUGCGGUUUGAAGUUCUGUGACGUGGAGCAGUUCCGCUGCACCAGCGGUCAGUGCGUGUCGGUGGCACUUCGAUGCGACGGCUACGCGGACUGUAGCGACCACUCGGACGAGGCGGACUGCUCCAGACCGCCGCGUUGCCCGGCCGAGCUGCGAUGCCCUCACAGUCACGAAUGUCUGCAGAGUGAAUGGCUGUGUGACGGGGAGGAAGACUGCAAGGAUGGCUCGGAUGAAAAAAACUGUGAGACAAAGCCACCGCCGUGUCGGGCGUACCAGUGGCAGUGCGGAAGCAGCAGCCAAUGCAUCCCCCUGUCCUGGAGAUGCGACGGGAAGGCCGACUGUCACAAUGGCGUGGAUGAGGACAAAUGCAAACCGAGAAAGUGCCCCUCCCACCUUUACCGGUGCGGCAGCGGCGAGUGCGUUGAUCCGCGACUGGCGUGCAACGGCUUGAUCAACUGUGCCGACAGCUCUGACGAGGGCGUGGGGUGCAAGUUGCGCAACUGCUCCAGCCCUUCACUCCCUCGUUGUGAGCAUAGCUGUGUCAGCACUCCAAACGGACCGAUUUGUUACUGCACAGCAGGUUUCACGCUACAUUCCGACGCCGUCUCCUGCGUGGACACCAACGAAUGCAAUCUGAUGCCUCUCGAAGCAUGUAAACACACCUGCCUCAACACUCGUGGGUCCUACGUGUGCCGCUGCCACCCCAGCUUCUACCUGGAGCCAGACAACAAAAGCUGCAAGACCAAAGAUGAGCCACUGCUCGUGGCAUCCGUCCAGUCCGAGCUUUUGCUUCUUGGAGUUCAAAGCGGCUCCUUGCGUCUUCUGACUUCGGCCAACCAGCCGGUCUUUUCGUUGGACUACCACUGGGCUCAGCAGCGGGUUUACUGGCUCAGUCCCGACUACCAGAGCAUCCGCUGGGCUGACAUGACAAAAGACUCUAGCAGUAAAGGGACACUUAUCAAAGGGGUCAAGUCGGAUUUCAUUGCGGUGGACUGGGUAGGUAAGAACCUGUACUGGGUGGACGGACUCGUAGGUCAAAUUCGGGCGGUGCGCCUCAGUGACACCACGUUGAAGUCUCAAGAUUACACGGUGGUGCUGGCUGAAGAUCUUGAGCUGCCUCGCUCGCUGGUGCUGAUCCCGCACAAAGGGUUGAUGAUGUGGUCCGAGAUCGGCAGCACCCCUCAGAUCCAGCGCUCGGGGAUGGAUGGUUCCAAGAAGAAGGUGGUGGUGAGCAGCAGCUUGACCUGGCCUGUGAGUUUGGCUUACGAUUUCCUGGACGAGCGCAUCUACUGGGCCGACGAGAAGCUACGCUGCAUCGGAUCGGCUUCUCUGGAUGGAGAUGAUGUCAAGAUUCUCCAGCUGGCCGAAACUCCGAGCCCCUUCUCGGUGGCCGUGUUCAACGAUCGGAUUUUCUGGUCCGACACCAAGCGGAGAACCAUCCGCUCAGCUGAUAAGAACACGGGGAAAGACCAGAAGGUUCUUCUCAAAAGACCAGGGCAGCCUUUUGGGCUGAAGCUGAUGCAUCCCCUUUCCCAGCCCGCCAUAUCCAACCCCUGCGACCAGCUGAGGUGCUCCCACAUGUGCCUCCUCACAACCGGAGCGUCCGAGAUGCAGGCGGCAGCAGUUUGCCGCUGUCCAAAGGGGCUGAUACUCUCCAAGGACAAGAUCACCUGCUCGCUACCAUUGGAUUCGUCCUUCAUCUUGCUUCUGUCUUCUACAACAGUCUAUCAGGUUUACUUUAAGUCCUUGCGUCAAGAUGGCGUGGGUCUGAAAAGUAUGCCAAACAGCCGAGUGUUGCUCAUUCCUGGAGUUGUUGAGGCCACCGGACUGGAUCUGGCUUUCCAAGCUUUGUCCUUGUUUGUGGCUGACGGUAAAAAAGGUACUGUCGAUAUGCUGAACUUAAGCGGGCCCAGAUCCAGACAGGCACUGACACUAGCUGGUCGGCUUGUACAACUGAAGGAUGAUUUCGUCAUGGCGCUGGCGGUUGACUGGGUGACCUCCAACAUCUACUGGAGCAGCAUCAGCCGACCUAACAUCCACGUGACGAGCAGCCGUGAAGGCUACACCACCUCACUGCUGCAGGGACGCGUUAAGCGCACAACCUCCAUUGCAGUGCAUCCCCCCUCGAGUCAACUUUGCUACACGGCCUACGUGGGCAGUAAGAGCCAGGCUGAAGUGAGCUGCGCGUGGAUGGAUGGCCGACGCAAAACGGUGCUUUGGACCAAGUCCUCCAGCCCCCUGUCAUUGGUCUUUUCUAAGAAUGGAACUUCAAUCUACUGGGUUGACACAGUUGAAGGCCUCAUCUGCUCUAUUGGACUGGAUGGCUCAGGUUACAAACAAUACAAAGCAGGGCCAGGUUUAGUUACCUCCAUCACGUACAUUGAGAAUAUGCUCCUCUGGAUAACACUGGAAAAGGAGGUCACCAAAAUGUGGUUCAGCGACGGCCACCAUCCCAAACAACUUUGGUUUGAGACAAAAAGCAGCCUGGUGGAAAUCCGAGCGUACAGUCGGGACAGCCAGACAGGAUCCAACAAGUGCGCCGUCAACAACGGGGAAUGCGAGCAUAUAUGCCUGCCUUACCCCGGAGGUCGCGUGUGCAAAUGUGCACGUGGUUUUUACAGCAACGGUCCCACAUCCUGCGCACCGGAGCACCCGUGCCCCAAAGGGGAGCAAGCUUGUCUUGAUGCUAGCAAGUGUAUCAACAGCAGCAACUUCUGUGACCGACGUGUGGACUGUCCGGACCAGUCGGACGAACAAGACUGUCCACAAACGUCUGAUCAACUUCCCAAGCCUCCCGUGGAACCUCCUCGGAACUCCAAGGACACGUCCUCGUGUAGUCAACAACAUUGCAGCGGCCAUGGCAGCUGCGUCACCCAAGGCGAAAUAAUUUCCUGUCAAUGCACGACUGGCUACCGAGGAACGUUUUGUCAAGAGAAGGAAAGCCGGCGAAGCCACGUCGGCGUGAUCCUGGUGGUCUUCUGCCUGCUUGUUGUCAUCUUGGCUGUCUCUCUUCUUAUUGCGAAAAGGAAGGGCUGGCUAUCAAUCGGAGGCAAAUCGCCAGACAAAGAAACGUUGAUGUCAAACAUGGUGCUGGAAAGUGACUAUGCGGAUGAUGACUGUGAGGUACUUGAGUCCCCAGCCGACUUGAAGAACCCCCCAGUAGCUUCCUAGCAGUCAUUUUCUGGAGACUUAUUGCAUCUGUGACGUUUUUGUUUUACAUGGCAAUACUAACCCGGUGCUAAAACUGAUAACCCUUUUGUAGAAUAAAAACAAAGAUUGAUACAGCA